UUCUUUAUGGUUCUCAGUAUGAAGUUAGACUUAGAUAUAUUGUAUCAGUGAUGUUAGUUGUUCUAGUAUUACUCACUUCGUUUGCAGCAACUAGUGCUAAUUUCUAUGACAAUAAUGUAACAGAUCUGAGCAAAUGCAAAAUCCACUAUUCACGAUCAGGAAGCGUAUACAAGGAUUUCUACAAAAUAUCCGAGUCUUCGGGAGAAAAUGACACCUUGCGGCUCGAUUUUCAUUUUUCUGUCUUAGCUCCAAGUGAUGCACAUAUUCUUCUCGCCCCAUCAGAAAAGGUAGAGAAAAGAGAUCCAGUCUACGAAAUAGUAAUUGGGGCGGGAGGAAAUACCUUCUGUGACAUCCGGAGAAAGCAGAAGUCCGAUGUGAGGGCUUCGAUGAGAAUAAAAGGCUUGCUUUCUGCUUUGGAUCCGCAAUCAUUUUGGCUACAUAUCACAAAAGAUGGAGAUAUUGCUGUGGGAAAAGAAGGAGAGCAGUUACCAUUCAUCUCUUGGGUAGAUCCAGAUCCCCUUCCACUUGAAGUUAUCAGUUUCAGUACUUGGUCUGGUAUUGAAGCAAAGUGGUACUUUGAUUGCGAGAGGAACAAUGAAACACAGCUCAUGAAGUGA